UAAUGACACUAAAAACUUGCCAUAACCUUCAAGUUAAGUUUAAGCCAUAUUACCGCAGUCAACAAGAAUUAUACUUUGACCUUGGUAACCUUCGCGGAUUAUUCUUUUUUAAGUGCCUAAUUCUAAAAAUUUGAAGCUCAUAAAUCGGUUUUUGCAAUUGGGUUGCAAUUAAGCUAUCAUUUCCCUGUUAAUCUUUUCUAAGAAAAAUAGAAAGAGGGUUUUAAUUUCGAAUGGUCGUACAUGUCCACUUCCUAAGUCUGGGGUAUAAAGAGAGGGUGUUACCAUAGAUUUUGAUUCAGUCUGAAACCUGAACUCAUCACUAUAGCGGGCAGGUCUAAGAUGUCUGUGAUGAAUAUCUGUGUAAAUCCUUUCCAAGUAAAGUCCCUUUUUGUAUUAUGCAAAGACUGCAUUAAAGUAAGUUUAACAAAUUGUGCAACAAGUCAUUUGAAACCAGUCGUAGUCGGUUCACAAAUGAGAAUCAACAAUCCAUUUCUACAACUACCCACUGGUGUUUUAGAGGAACUCAUUAGAUCUUUCACUGACUGCAGCAGCGGAAAACCAGUGGAGAACAACAUUCUUGUACAUCUCAUCACCCCACAAUUACAGAACAUGAGAUUUGCUUCUUAUUCUGAAGAUUGUCUGCGUUUUUUCCCAUAUUUUGAAAAUCUGCAAGUGUUGAUCCUGAAAAACACAACAGCAAAUAACUUCUGUUUAAGAAGCAUCGGGACCCAUUGUGCAAAAUUAAGAUCGUUGGAUGUCAGUGACUGCUUUUAUGUGAGUGACUCAGGGAUACAUUGGUUAUUUAUCAAUGUAGACAAUUUUGAGAUGGUAGGAAAACCCCACAGAACAUGUAAUACCCUUCAACAUUUAAACAUUCUGCAAACUAGAGUUACCGUUUGUGGAGCAAAAAUGGCUAUCAAGUAUUGUCCAUCCUUAGCAAUACUUGAGAAUGAUAAUACCUUUGAAGCCUUGGUGAAAUUAGCCAAUAAAUCAACAGAGAAAAAGAUCAAUCGCCAUACAAACGGAUAUUCCUCUUUGCGUGUUCUAAAUAUUCCUUGUGGCAUGAUCUAUAGAAGUGACAGCCUCCGACUAGUAUACUGUCUUUAUGUAUUUCCAUUAAUCACGUCACAGUUCAUGCAAUCAAAGGAUUUAGAGACUGUGAUUUAUUAAGCUUGAAGUCCAUUGAGAAGCUAACUGCACUUAAAAUCUUGCGCUGCACUAAAAGCAAAGUUAAUGACGAAACUGAAAUCACAUUUGAUGGGGGCGUGGCUCCCUUGCUUCAGGUUGUUGGGAAAUCUUUGGAGAUUUUUGAAAUCCUGCAUUUAGAUUCUCUCCGGGUUUCCACCAUCAUUGAAUAUUGCCCCCAUUUGGUCAAUUUGUCCAUCGGAGAUAAAUUGUGCUAUCAUAAUACCCCCUCAAAAUCAGUAUAUGAAAGUUUUUUGAGAGAGAUAAAUUGCCGAUUGAACAGAUCGAAAGGCAGCAUCUAAUUUUAAAGAAUCUUAAGAUUUUCUUUUGCAAUUAUAAUAUGCCCUUCGACUUUCUGCUUCUGCUGUUAUCAUCCCCUUUACUUGAACAUGCUGUUCAGAUUACCGAAUGUAAUUCAUUCACUGAUGGUGUCUUGGAGCUUGGAGACUGCUGUUCAACACAAACGUCUCAAGAACCUCAAAGUGAUGGAACUAGCUCAUUGUAAUUCAGUUUCAACGCAAGGAAUACUGACAAUACUUAUGAAUCGUCGUACUUCUAUUUCUCAAAUCAGGAUCGUUUCGUGUAAACAUUACGUCGGAAACGUAUCCUCUGAUACGCUACGAAUUACUUAGACACGGUAUAUUGACAACAUAGUCAGUGAGGCAUAACGGGUGUAAUGAGUUUCCAAUUUUCUGUUGUAUGCAUUUUUGUUUAAAUCUGUUUUCUAAUGUAUCGCAUCUUACCAAGAAGACCCGUGUCCUGAUUCCUUGCCCGUCCGAUUGUAUAAUACCCCAUUCAUUUAUGUAAACCUGUUUGUUCGAUCAUAUACGAUCUAUAGUCAAUCUAGUUUCAAUACUUCUCAAAGUUGACUCUCGCGAUAAGCCACUGCGGAUCGCCUAAAAAAUGUCCUUAUAAUUAAUCACUCCAAUUUAUUCUCGUCCUAAAUGUUAAUUGCAUUUAAGUAGGAAGUGAAUGAGAACCUUUGUCGGAAAAUAGACAGCAUUUCCGACUGAAUUUCUAUCUUGCCUCCGGAGAUCCGGUGUUACCUGCUUUUUUUCACGAUACCUCCGACAAAAGACUCCAUCUAGCGCUAGUAGCUUUAUUUAAAAAACCACCGCUGUGAUUUAAAGAAAGAAAAAAGAAAAAAAAUCAAGCCAUAAAAAAACUCGUCAAGUUUCACGAUUGAAACUUUAAUUCCAUUACCUCACCCAGCUUAUUACAACGUAGCUGUAUUAGCCACACCGUUCUAUAUGUUGCUGCCCACAGGAUCUUUACAGUAAAUCUGUAGAUUCCAUCAGCACAUGCGCAAUUCAAAACAAACUUGAUUAUUUGCGUAUGUCCUACUGAGAUUCGUUUUCCAGCACCACAAUUUUUGGAGCAACUAGCUGUUUGGCUUGAGCAAGCUCAGCGUGUUUCAGUUCGUUACAACUCUGAUAAUGAUGGGUACGCUGCUUGCCAAACCUCAAAACUUGUCCCGUUAGCACAAUCACCCGAAAGCGUCACGUCUUUGCAUACACGACCAACCCAGAAAUUUAUCGCGACUGUCAAAUCAGUUCCACAACUGUAAACUUACGUCACGGUUACAGUGAUCACGCGUAAUGCUGAUUGAGUCAUUUGGGGGAAUUUUGAACAAUUUUCUCUUAUCGCAUCAACAGACUAAUUUCGAUUAGAAAAUUCUUGUAGGUUUGAGUCACACUUUUUGUAUUUUUCUAUCGCAUGUUGUCAGUCUUGAAGGACAUAAAGUUUAUUCUUUAAACAAUGACAUCAUUUUCUGCGUGGGGGUCUUGGAAAAAGUCGAGUUAUUUUAUUAGCGAGGCUACUUUGCGGUAAUAGUGAUCGAACCAUACGUCGAUUGUGUCCGUAAACUUUCACCAUGAAGCUGACCCCGUUCGACGAAACUAAAUCUAUCCGCAACCGCCCUCCCCUCAACCUUUUUAUGAGAAUCAGGCACAACUUCCCACGCCACAAAUUUUUUUACAUAUUAUACUGAGCCCGGGUCACGACUGCGUGUUUUUUUGUUGUUCGAUGUAAGCCAUAUGUCGGCUACAAGGCAGCAACUUUCUACCUUACGUUUCUGAUGUUACUUCCUGGUCUGAAAAACAAAAAAGAGCAAAGUUAAGGCGGAUUAAAUCACAAAUCGGAUAUUGAACAGUACCCAAA